UCCAAAGGAGCUUGGGAGAAGUUGGCCCAGGUCACUGUCAAGGGUGCUGAGCAUGACUUUCAUGAAUGCUUGCCCCAUCCCCAAUGUUUGGAAGGGACCCAAGUAGACCUCCUCAACUAUAUCUAUGGAGUAUUAGAUGACAAAACGAAGAACCGACUCAUUUGGCUCCAUGGUAUAGCAGGUGUCAGAAAGUCUGCUGUUGCGUUUACUGUAGCAGAAAGGAUGAGAGGUCUGAAAGUGACAGAGGAGACAAAUGUCAAGAAGCAGCUCACAGGAACAUUCUUUUUCUCCUGCAGGCACAUAAAUCGAUGCACAACCGGUCAUCUCUUUGUGAUGCUUGCCUACCAGCUGGCCAGCAAUUUCCCCAGCGUCAAGAUGCAUGUGACCAAAGCCAUCCUCAAGAACCCUGCUCUGCUACACCCAAACAGGUCCCUUCGCAAUCAGAUGGAGGCGCUGUUUUUCCGACCUCUGCAGCAGCUC